GUCUCAGAAUUUUUUCCCUCUGUUUGUUGGUUUUGUUUUUGUUUCUUUUCUGAGAUGGGUUUCUCUGGAUGUCUGGUUUCACUGAAUUCCUGGCUGUCUUGGAACUUGCUCUGUAGACCGGACUGCCUCAAACUCACAGAGUCCAUCUGCCUUUGCCUCCUGAGAGCUGGAAUUCUUAAACUGUGGCCUGAAGUGCUGCUCUCCUAGAUACAUGCAAGACUUCCUUCCCCCACCUCCUUCCAAUCACUGAUUCAGAAUGACCCUUUUGAUGUGCUUUCUUCAUUAUCCUAAUUAGGAGAAUAAUGCCAGCAGCCUAGCACCCCCACCUUUCCAUUUGUCUUGAUUGCACGUAUCACUAUACACCUUCCAUGCUAAGAAAAUCAUGAAGACAAACUCCAACCAAAGAAAAUGGAAAACAAAUUAUGACACGAUUAGUCUAGCUGGUAGGCUCAGGGAUUACACAUCACCUUCCUAAACUACUCUAAAUAAAGAGACCAUACUUCAGGUCAGGAAGUCCUCAGAAACAAGUCGCUAAGGGCUCUGGGAUCCAGGGAUGCUCCCAGUGACUGCUGGGACAGCACAAAGCAAUAAGAGCCCCAUAGUGGGGUCUCUAGUAGUGGAAAGGUGUGCUCACUUCCUUUAGGUUAAUACUUUUCUUAUCACAGGAAGAAAGUGGGGACAUCUUUCGAAAGCCACAACAUAAACCUUUAGUAGACUCAAAACCUGACCUCAAUUUCCAGCCUCCACCCAUGGCAUGGAUCCCUUCCACAGGAAGGUUCCGACAAGACUCGGUUGGCAUUCGCAUCCACAAGCUGCCCUAACACGGGUGACGAGUCUACGGACACACACUCAUGAUGAUCCGCUCUACUUGGGCGGAGAUCGGGAACUUCCGGAAGUGGAGAGCGUUGUUUCCGAGGGGACGGUUUUCCGAGACGGACACGAGACUGAUGGACUCAGGGAAGGUGUGCAUGCAGGUGUAGCUGUCUCUCCUGGAUGCCAAGAUUUGAGACCCAGAAAGAAGUCUCCCAUGGCUCCUUAUCACAUCCGCCAGUACCAGGACAGUGACCAUAAAAGUGUCCUGGAUGUGUUCACAAAGGGCAUGGAGGAGCAUAUCCCCACCACCUUCCGCCACAUGCUGACGCUGCCCCGAACCCUCCUGCUCUUACUUGGGGUGCCGCUUGCCAUGGUCCUGGUGUCUGGCUCCUGGCUGCUGGCUAUUAUGUGCAUCUUCUUUCUGUUCCUACUCCUGCAGCUCCUUGCCAGACAGCCUUGGAAGGAAUAUGUGGCCAAGUGUUUGCACACAGACAUGGCUGACAUCACCAAGUCCUACCUGAAUGCACGUGGCUCCUGCUUCUGGGUGGCUGAGUCUAGUGGUCAGGUGGUAGGCAUAGUGGGUUGUCUGCCAGUCAAGAAUCCCCCGUUUGGAAGGAAGCAGCUGGAGCUCCUUCACCUGUCUGUGUCCUCACAGCACCGAGGACAGGGGAUAGCGAAAGCACUGGUCAGAACUCUCCUCCAGUUUGCACGGGACCAGGGCUACAGUGACGUUGUCCUUGACACCAGUACCAUACAGAAAGGUGGUAAGACCCUCUACCUGAGCAUGGGCUUCCAGAGGACAGGCCAGUAUUUCAUGAGUAUGUUCUGGAGGUUAGUGGAUGUUCCUACAAUUCAAUUAAAGUAUUCCCUCCCUUCUGCCUAGGAAGUGGAGCUGGGACUUAUGCUCCUGUGCAGCAAGCAGUCCUGCUCCUCUCUAGAGGAACUAGUGAACCUUGUCAUGUCAGUGUGAUGAACAAUAAAAGCUCCUUGCUGGUGCACACCAGAUUCUAAUGCA